AUGAACGUUAUCGAGCACUGCCGGAUAUCGCCACCACCCGGUACAGUGGCCGAUCAGCUUCUCCCCCUCACAUUUUUCGAUAUUCCGUUUAUACCCCUGCCUCACAUACAAAAGCUUCUCUUCUACGAGUUCCAUCAUCACUCUAAGACCCAUUUCACGGACACCCUCAUUCCUCAUCUCAAACACUCACUCUCCCUCACUCUCAAACACUUUUUCCCUCUUGCUGCCAAUCUCAUACUUCCCUCGUCAAAUUCUAGCAACCCCCAAAUCCGGUACGCGGAGGGUGACUCGGUCUCACUCGUCUUUUCCGAGUCUAGUGACGAUUUCAAUUACCUCACAGGAAAUCAAGAACGAAAUGCCGAUCAAUUUCACCUUCUCAUCCCUCAGAUUACUAACUGGUCCGAUUCGGUGACAACAGUAGAAGUAGUCCCGCUCGCAGCUAUUCAGGUCACGCUUUUUCCAGAGUCCGGCAUUUGUUUCGGGUUCGCCUACCACCAUGUUCUGGCCGACGGUAAGGCCUUCCACGGUUUCAUGAAGUCAUGGGCUUCCAUUUCUAAAUUUGGGUGGAGUGAUGCGGAAUUGUUAGGUAGAAGCACUAGAGUUGACAGCAAGAAUGAUGACGACGACGACGAUGAAUUGGAGUACUUUGGUUUUACAGCAGAUUGUCGAGGACGUUUGGAUCCACCCAUGCCCGCAACUUACUUUGGUAACUGCUUAGCAUUUUGUUUUGCAAGAGCGACACAUGGCCAACUAAUGGAAGAAAAACAAGGAUUUUUCGUAGCAGCAGAGUCGAUCGGAGCGGCCAUUGCCGAGAGGCUUCACGAGCCGGAGGGAGUGUUGAAAGGUGCGGAGACUUGGCUCUCCGAAUUGAAGAGUUUGAAAAUGGAUCGAUUACGGUCGAUAGCAGGGUCGCCCAAGAUCAGCCUUUAUGAGCCGGAUUUUGGGUGGGGAAGGCCCCGAAAGACCGAAAUUAUUUCCAUAGAUUUUACCGGGGCUUUCUCCAUCAGUGAGUGCAGGGAUUCUCAGGGAGAUGUGGAGUUUGGUGUGUCCCUCCCAAAGAUCACAAUGGAUGCGUUUGCUUCAAUCUUCGUCAAUGACCUUAAGAAGCUUAUGUAA